ACUACUUUCUCUUUCUCGCUUCCUCGUUUCUGUGUUGUCGUCCUGUGAGAGCAACUCCAACCCGUCUCCAUUUCAAGCACCAAAACUCCAUUUUCGAGACCCCUCUUCCCUCCUCCUCCUCUUCCCUCCCCCACCCCCUCUCUCUCUCUCUCUCCAUCAUGGCCUCCUCCGAGAGCUUCAACGACAAGAACGCCGUCUUUAGAAAACUGAGAGCCAAGUCCGAGAACAAGAUGUGUUUUGAUUGUAAUGCGAAGAAUCCAACGUGGGCAUCUGUUACGUUUGGGAUCUUCUUGUGCAUCGAUUGCUCGGCCGUCCAUCGGAGUCUAGGCGUUCACGUCAGCUUCGUCAGGUCUACCAAUUUAGAUUCAUGGACUCCAGAACAGUUGAAGAUUAUGACAUUUGGGGGAAACAACCGUGCUCAAGUUUUCUUCAAGCAGCAUGGAUGGUCUGAUGGAGGCAAGAUUGACGCCAAGUAUACCUCAAGAGCUGCUGAAUUAUACAGACAGCUACUUGCCAAAGAAGUUGCCAAAAGUACUACAGAAGAGGCAGGCUUGCCCUCAUCUCCAGUUGCUCAUCAGUCAGCACAGGCCUCUAAUGGACUUCCUGAUGUCAAUAUAAUUGAAACUCCAACACAAAUUUCCUCGGCAAAACAAGAAUUUUCUGAUGUCUCUGCUUCACCUAAAGCUUCUCAUACAGCUUUUACCUCUUCUAUGAAAAAGCCUAUUGGUACGAAGAAAACUGGAAAGACUGGGGGACUUGGUGCUCGAAAGCUUACUACUAAGCUGAAAGAGAAUCUCUAUGAUCAGAAACCAGAAGAACCUCCUCUUCAAGUUUCCACCUCAACUAAUAGCGCCCCAACAUCUGGUUCAUCUUUUACAUCUCGUUUCGAGUAUGUAGAUAGUUUUCAAGCUGCUCCAAUCAAUACUGGAGACACACAUGCGAUUAGCCACGUAGCGCCACCAACGUCCUCAAGUUUCUUUGCAGACUUCGGGAUGGACGGUGGUUUCUCGAAGAAAACAAGCUCCAGUUCGUCAAAAAUUCAAGUCGAGGAAACUGAUGAAGCGAGGAAGAAGUUCUCAAAUGCAAAGUCAAUUUCGUCCGCCCAAUAUUUUGGGGAUCAGAACAAUGCCACUACGGAUGCACAAGCUUCCUUGCAGAAGUUCUCAGGUUCAACAGCGAUCUCUAGUGCUGAUCUGUUUGGUAGUUCUGCCGAUAAUUCCUCUCUUGAUGUUGCUGCAACUGACCUUAUUAACCGUUUAUCUUUCCAGGCACAACAGGAUAUCUCCUCUCUUCAAAAAAUUGCAGGAGACACCGGAAAGAAACUAAGUUCCCUGGCGUCCAAUUUUUUAACUGAUUUUCAGGAUAGAAUCCUCUGAUGAUGCUGCGUUUUGUGUUCAAAAUCAUCGCAAGAGUUUGUUAGCAGUACCGACCUAUAUUUUGUCUGGUGGAUGUAAAAAUGAGAUCAUGAAAUUAUUUGAAAGACAAAAAUAAGAUUUUCAAACGCACCUUCCGUAUGGUGUUACUUUA